GUAUCAAACCGUUUUACCACCAUGCUGAUAAGCAGUGAUUGAUCGUAUGAUACAAAUCACCUUUUUUAAAUUCCUGGAGAAUCUGCGGGGCCGUUUUAAGACAGUGAUAGAUUUGAACGAAUGCGUCUGAGUGGGGUCACACGGGGUGCAAAAUAAAAAAAAGAGAGGAGCAGUCACUCCAAUGGGCUGCUGGCUGCUUGAACAGAGACCAUUGUUGCGUUAUUUUUCACCAGCGUUUUAUAAGAGUCGCCUCACGCACUGCUGUAGUUUUCUUUUUUUCUGCCUUUCUUUUUUUCAAAUGUCUGGCCGGUUAACAUUAGCAGUGCCGGAAGCGGCUGCUUCCGCCGAUACCAUCCAGUUCAAACUUGUCUUGGGCGGAGAUGGACUGGAAUCAUAUAUGCAACGGCAUGACCUUGCUCAGACCAUUGCAUUUCGCUCGUUUCAGCAAAUAAGCUGGCUUCACGACCGACUGGCCCACGCUUUUACCGAAGUGGUGAUUCCGCCGUUGCCAGAACCGCCAGUGGAAUCGCGAAUGGACGAUCAAGAUUACGUCGAACGAAAACGACUUCAGAUUGAACGCUUCUUUGAAAAAUUAAUGCGUCGCCGGGUGUUUGCCAAUCACACUGAUUUUAUUCAUUUUCUAUCCAAUGAUAUGACACCGACAGAAGUAGGCCGCAAAGGCAAAGGCGUUCUGUCCUUCCUUCGGUUCAACCGGGUCAUGAAACCCAGCUCAGACCAAGGCUUCAAAUCCUACAAAGUAACCGAACCCGUUGACGGGGAUGAUCAAGAUACUUUUCAUGGCCAUCAAAUCUAUAUUUUAAUGCUUGAAUCCUACUUUGGUGUGAUUGCCGAGUGUCUGCUGCAAAGUAUUCAAGUGCGUGAAGGACUCGGUGAUGCUUUGGCACAUAUGGGAGAUCUCGUGAUUGAGACGACCCAGAGCAAGUAUCGACUAGGUCACGGUGAUAAAGAAACGGAUAGAGAAGCACAGAGAAAUCUUGAUCGCCGGAUGCAGAUUUUCGGCUUGCUGAUGGAUGAACUAGGGUUUAUCUUUACACGGCAGGGCAAAGAAGAAACGAUGAAAAUGGUGGACGUUCUGAUCGAACAUAAAAAUUCAAUGGAUGCACUCAAGGCGAGUUUAUAGGCUAAAUGUAAAAAAGAAAGAGCAUCAGACAUUGACUGUCCUUCAAUAACCCUGACUUGUUUUACUAUUUCUUUUUUUUUUUUCUCCCUUAGAGUAUCUUCAAUGUGCGAACGCAGAAAUUGAUGGAUUACGUCGACAGUAUGAAGCAUCGUAAUAAGAAACGGGACAAGGCCGAUAAACUGAAAUUGCGUUUGGGACUGAAUGCACCGGAAGUUCAGACGACAAUGG